AUGCAGUACGUUCGAAGCUUAGGGAGCGGUGUCUCCAAAACCUGGAACUCCAUCAAUCCGGCCACACUGUCCGGGGCCAUUGAUGUUGUUGUGGUCGAACAGCAAGAUGGUUCUUUGGCCUGCUCUCCUUUUCAUGUCAGAUUCGGAAAAUUCUCCCUGUUACGCCCAUCUGAAAAGAAGGUCGAGUUCAAAGUCAAUGGCGUUAAGCAGAAUUACGCCAUGAAACUCGGAGACGGAGGUGAAGCAUUUUUCGUCUUCGAAACCUCAAAUGAUAUUCCCGAGGCUUUGCAGACUUCUCCCCUGGUUUCUCCCGCCAACAGUCCACCUAUAGCUGCUUCCGAUAGGCCACCUUCGCCGAGUCUCCUUGAACCAUCUUUCUUAGAUAUAUCUGAGGCCGAGAAGGCCCGCAACCCACUGGACCUAAACUCGUCUCGACCCGCAGUCCCAAUGAUCAGACGAGAGGGCACUAGUCUAAGUGACUUAACCUCGUAUGGAUCAUCUCUAUCGUCCUCUUCAUUGCCAGAAGGAACGCAAGCCCCUCCAACGCUUGACCGUUCUGCUUCUGAAGAGGUUCUCCCCGUGUCGACCCGAGAACAUCUAGACCUUGUCAGUGGAGCAUUUCAGUACAAUGGCAUUCCUGUUUCACCCCAACGCAAUCCUGAUGGAACCUUUACAGCCAAGGCUGCCGCAAGCCCUCCAGCAUUGAAGCCAAAAGAAGCUUAUGAUAGAGCAAUCACUCUAUCGAAGAAACUAUCUUCGUCCAACAUCCGUUCCCAGGUGACCGAAUCAGGUGAUCUGAUGCUGGAUAUGAAAGGCUAUAAAACAAGCGAAGACGAAGCCCUUCGAGCUGAAGCUGUGGCAAGGAAACUUCUCUCAGAGGAAUUGGAAGGGAAUUACGACAUUGGUUCUUUGAUUGGUACAGAUGAUGAAGGUAAUUUGUGGAUUUACAGCAGUGAGGAAGCUAGGGAUGCCGCGAAUCGGAAAGCCAGCAAUCAAACUCUGGACGCCACAAAUGUGUUAUCAACCACCGAUACGGCUUCUGAUCCUGGCUACCAUAGCGACAGUGAUCGCAGUCCAUCUCCAGUACUUAGUGCUAAGUCACAUCCGCACGGUCAUCAACGUGCUCAAUCCGAGGAAUAUCAGCCUCCUCCUCGGAUGUCGGGCGAGCAAGGCCGGAACUUUGCAAAAACACUGCGCUUGACGAGCGACCAAUUAAAGUCACUAGAUCUAAGAUCUGGCGAAAACACGAUGUCAUUCACUGUGAAUCGAGCCACAUGUACAGCAUACAUGUAUUACUGGAAAUGGGAUGUUCCCAUUGUGAUAUCUGAUAUUGAUGGGACUAUCACGAAAUCCGACGCACUUGGACAUAUCCUAAACAUGGUCGGACGUGACUGGACCCAUGCAGGGGUGGCAAAGUUAUAUUCGGAUAUUGUUGCCAAUGGAUUCAAUAUUUUCUAUCUCACAAGUCGCGCCGUUGGCCAAGCGGACACUACCAGAGCCUACCUUAAUGGGGUAGUCCAAGAAGGUUGGAAACUACCUCGUGGACCAGUUAUCAUGAGCCCAGAUCGUACGAUUGCAGCCUUGCGUCGCGAGAUCUACCUUCGCAAACCUGAAGUGUUCAAGAUGGCAUGCUUACGGGAUAUUCUUGGACUGUUUCCCGGAAAGACCAAUCCAUUCUAUGCUGGCUUUGGAAACCGCUUCACUGAUGCACUCAGCUAUCGCAGCGUCAAUAUUCCAUCGACUCGAAUAUUCACCAUCAACUCCAAUGCUGAGGUGUCGCUCGAUUUAUUGACGUUGAACAAAUACCGGAGCAGUUAUGUCACAAUGCGUGAGCUUGUUGACCACUUCUUCCCACCAAUUUCCACGCUGGUCAAAGAAGGCGGUGAAGAUUAUACCGACUUUACGUAUUGGCGUGAGAAUCCUGCCAACUUGGAUAACUUCGUACCAACAGACUCGGAAGGGGAAGAUGACUUUGAUGAUGAUGACGAUGAAUCCGAGGAUGAAGAUGAGGCGGAAGUUGCAUCUGACAAUGAGAUGGGCGAUAGUUAUAUUUCGCGAGCUAGCUUGGAGGAGUCAGGAUUGGGAGAUUCCAUCCGUGAAUCCAUCGAGGUAGAAGACGCCGCAAAAAGCCUCGAGAACUCCAACUAUCUCGAUGUGGAGGAGGACGACGACGACGAAGACAAGGAAGAUUCAACAUUAGAAGGGGAUUUUACCGACGAUUAUCUUGGAGAUGGUUCAAGGCGAUCAAGGACGAAGUCACCACCUCAGACGCCAGUACCCUCUGCGAAAGUCUCGUAA